CUUGUGCCUGUCUGUCUGCCUGCCUGCCUGGUUGGUUUUCCACGCCUACCAGCCGGAGCAACGAGCAAACCCUUGCCUGGCACGCGGAAGGAGAGAAGAUGUGCUGCGGCGAUGGCGACUGCCGGCCUCUCGGGUGGCUGAUAGGCCUGCCCUUCGCCGUCCUCGCCCUCAUCGUCUCCUUCAUCGGCGCCAUCAUCUGGAUCAUCGGGCUGCCGAUCUCGUGCAUUUGCCCGUGCUGCCUGUGCGUGACGCUGCUGCUGGAGGUGGCGGUGGAGCUCGUCAAGGCGCCGCUCCAUGUCAUGACCUGGUUCACCUCCAAGAUACCUUGCUGAUUCGUCACGAGCCUCCCUCAUGCCGUAGUUGCCCAGUUGGUGGAUUAUCUUGCUUAGCCUUUGGUUGCUGCGUCUGUGUGUGUGUCCUACACAUCGGUGUAUAUUCGUAUGAUCGGUUAAUUCCUCUCCCUUUUUUGUUCCCCUGUUACUUUGGGUUCUGCGAUUCGUUCCAGAGAUUUGUUGGUCCUGACUUCGUCGAGGAGUGCUAGUACCACUUGUUCUUGAGUGCCUGCAA